GGUUAUGUCCGCAUGUGUUGUUUACAGCAUUUACAGCAAUAUCAAAAUUUCAUUUAGAAAGCUUUUCAAAGUAAAUUUAAAGUUUUUCCCCAGUCCUCUAAUCUACAAUAUCAACCUAUUUGAUCCAUGAUGCACUAUAGUUUUAAAGAAAUUGUCUCUGGCUACAGUCAGCUUGACAAAUGGCGUGAAAUAUCUCUGAAUACAGGUGGAACACCAAGUACGCUACAAGAUAUCAAAGUUCAGCAAAGAUCUGGAGGAUAUUGCUAUAAACAAUGCCCAAAUCGUUUCAUUUACUGGCGGACAAAUGACGAUGUUUUGGAGUUAGUAGAGCAGAGUCUAAACCUGAACUUGUCCGGUAAUCAAGUUCGUUACAGGUUUCAAGACUCGCCUAUUCUGGAGGGCGUCACUAUUCACGAGACUUUCAAUCGAGUAGUUAUUUUGGUUCCUACUAUAUCCAGUGUCCAUCGACUUACGUUCUCUCAUCCUCCUCCUGAAGAAGAACUUUCUGACAUUCAGUCAUUGUCAAUUUUUGCUGAUGCGACCGCAAACUCAGCUCGUGACUCCACUACAUUCCAUGUGAUAAACACUGCCCCGAAUCUUCCACAUGCGGCAACAUCAUGUCUGACAGCGAACAAAGAUGCGCUGUUUGCUUUAGCUUUAAGUUCUGGUACCAUCAUGUUGGUUCGUUUAGAUCCUCUAUCUGGUAUAGGCACUUGUUCUGAAUUGCGUCAAGAUUCUGCAGUUCCUAGAUUUUUAUCAAACUUCAUGGGCAAAACAGUGGAUGAUUAUGUCAGUUUGAUCGUCCAUCCAUCAGCUUCAGAUGUGUUUCUUUUUGCACUAACCGGAGAUGGACAGGUUAGAGUAUGGUCUUGCGAUCGUGGUGUGAGCCUCAAAAUACCAGACAAUAUCACUAAAUCUACCACGCCUUUAGUUCAAGGAGCUUAUAGUCAUAUCAUGCGGAAAGCAGUGAAUACGAAUAACCUCAUUUUAGGUAUUUACCUCUGCCUGAACACUAAGUCUCGGUUGUUCAUCGUCGAACCCAUAGUGGAGCAUGGAUUUGUUCAGCUACCCAUCUCGUGUAAUUUUCUAAUCCCCGAGAAUCUGGACUUGAUGGACUUGACCUUCGAUUCAAACACAGUUUGGUGUUUGUGUCGAACAAGUGAAGGAGAGACUGUCGUUCACAGCAUCAACCUACUAACUGGUCAGUGGCAGAAGACGGAUUUGGAGACCAAUCCAAAACCUCUGAACUCAUUUUUAAGCACAGCAAAUCUUGAUCCUCGACUGGUCUACCUUCAAUACAUCUUUGAUCACAGUCACUUCUCCGUCAAUGAUAUUUCCAAGGCUCUUGGAAUGCUGUGUAAACCAGAGGACAGAGACAACAGUUUGUCCCUGAAACAACAAGUAGAAGUCGCAAUUGAAAAUGAAAUCCAAAUGGACGUCUCCGACUAUGAAUUAACUGAUGAAGAUUACAUCGACAUCGCCGAAAAAUGCUGGAACAAAUUUUAUUCUUGCUGCGUUCAGUAUCAUCAGACAUCUAGCGUCCCCUUAGGAAUCAUUUGGCUCCACUCCAUGUCCUGUGUGGUCUUAAUAAAAAAGAAUGGAUUUUCUAUCUUGCGCAACAAAGAAUACUUGGAAUCUAUCAUUGCCAACAAGCAAUUCUAUGCAACUUGCUUUGAGCGACUCGUCAAUGCUCUAGCGUCACUGGAGUUAGAUUAUGAGUUGAAUGUCAAAUUCGAUCAAGCCCUUCACGGACUUCUACCAUUAGAUUCUACAAUUGCUCUAAUUGCUGGGCAGAUCUCACGAGAUGACAAGUUUCUUUCGGAAGCGGAGUGGCUGUCUAACAAUGAUCAGCUGUCCGUUUCACUCGUAAAAUUAGUCAGUCUUUUAAAGGAGCCUGAAACAUUUGAACCUGUUCCAUGCAUUCAAAACACCUUAAGGAGUUCGCUAGGUGUGACAACGGUCGCUGCAUGUUUAAACCAAGUCGUCUCAUUACGGCUUCUGUUGAGCCGUAAUGUGCUCGUGUUUCUCCAGCUCAUGGGAUCUCCAGAACUUGCUACCUCACUUCUUGAGGAUUUAAUCCCCAUUUGUCAAUCUUACUGGUUGCUGCAGUGGUGUGGACGGCAAUCAAUAACAGCUGAAUAUUUAGCAUCAACGUCAGGCAUUGCGCAGCCUUCACUGAUGGAUACAGUAUCUUCACUCGCGCAUCACCUUUGGCCAGCAAAGAAGAGUGCAAAUAUAGCCGAGUUCCUUUUGGGUUUGAACAAGCCUGUUUUAGUACAAGAACUCGCUCGCCUUACUGAUUCCAAAUCCUGGAGAAUAAUCCUAGCCCAAGCUUACUUGCAAAUGGGAGACGCAUUCAAAGCCUACGACAAAAUCACGGCCGAAGCGAACACCUCAGCAACAUUCUUGAGGAUGAUCCAGUUGUUUGAGAAGCACAAUUACUCGGACAUAGUUAUCGAACUUGCAGACACUGCCAUCAGUCAAGCAGAACUCGAUGACCCAGAACUCCCAACUCUUCACUCGCUUCUGUUUUUGCACCAUCUAAAGCUGUGUCACUAUACUGCCGCUUUCACCAGUCUGAGGAGCAAUCCUGACCCUGAGCGGCUGUCCGACUGUUUGCGGCAGCUGGUUGUUGCGCUCAUUCAAAAUGCUCGGUUGGACAUUUUGCUCUCGCUACCGUUCGGCAGUCUGUUACCUCAGCUGGAAUCGAUUAUGAUCUCAAGAGCCCGCUCACUACCCACUGAGCAAGCAGCGCUGUAUUACUCGUUUUUAUAUUCUCUGCAUAUCAAGUUUGAUAACCUCAAGAAAGCUGCAACAGUUAUGUUUGAACAAGGUUUACGAGCAGAGGAUCCUGAAAUGCAGCGUCAAUGCUAUGCAAUUUGUCUUAAUUGUCUGUAUCUAGUCAACCCCAAUAAUGCUUGGAUUUUGAAACCCAAAGAAGAUGAGGUCGAGGAGAUAAUUGAAGUUCUUGAAUUGAAGGACAUAAGGCAAGAAUAUGAGCUAGCAACGGCAAAAAUCAAGCUAUCAAUGGCAAAUGCUGGAACAUACCCACAAGAACUGGUAUCGAUGCUUAUCCACAAUGGAUUCUACAAAAAUGCUCUUCGAAUUUGUCACUUAUGCAACUUGAGUUACAGCCCUGUUUUAGUUUCGUUAGCGGCAGCUUGUGUUGCAUUACCACAUCAAGUUGAUCCAUGGAGUUGGCUUGUCCGGAAUGAAAUUUCAGAACUGGUCGCUGGUGACUCAAAUGCUUGCACUGUGGCGUGGAGACUCCUUGAGUGUCUUCUUCAGAAGUAUGAGAAGGAUAAUCAAACGGUGUUGCAUAAAGCUGUAGCUGAUAAAUUGAUGUCUUGUAACGUCUUUUUGCCUCAUUGGCUAGAAACUUCUUACAAGAAACGUAAUGCCAGUGAACUCCUGAGACUCUAUCUAAACUAUGGAGACUUAAAACAGGCCAGCACUUUAGCAUGUGACCUUCUCCUUGCGGCACUUGGUUGUGGAACGGAGCAUUUCUCAUUGGCAGGACCUCUUGUUGUUGCUUCUCCGUCCUUAUGUCUACCAAUAGAAACAAUUGACUUGCUUUUAUUGGAGCUGUCACACCAUAAUAAGGAUGAAGCUAAGGAUCUAGAAUCAGUAUUGGAAACAUACAUUACCACUGCCAUGAAAGCCACAGCCGAUACGAAAGCCUUGUAUGGAUGCUAGUCCGACCAAUUGUUAAUUGAGUACUCAAAGUAAUCUUGUGUAUUAUAAUGUACAGGGUAAAAUACAUUUUUUAUAACUUAAAGUUUAGUCGUAAGACUGUAAAUACUUUCAUAGACAGCAUGGAGAAGUGUUGAAAUGAGGGAAUAAAACCAAUUUUUAAAUAAUUCCUGAUCAGCUUUCAUUUUAUCUUUUCAGAUAGCACCUUUUUGAUCAAUUUUUUUUUAUUUUUUACAUCAAUGCUAUUUUUAAUCAAAUUGUAUCAAGUAAAGCAAAACGAUUUUGUAUCACAAUGUACAUAUAUUUGUUAAGUAGCUAAUUAUUGUCUGAAAUUUUUUACCGUGCAGUAAUAAAAGAAGAUCUUAAAUGUCUCUUGUUGAAAUUGAUGCAUAAUUGAAAGGUUUCAUUGAAAUGUAAGUCGUCACUUAAAAACCAAAUCUAAAUUAUCAAAGAAAGAAAAAAUGACAAUCUAUAAUUGAUAGAGGAAAUAGAGCAAUUGAAUGUUUAUGUGGGAAGAAUAUUUAAGAAAAUAAUUAUUCUCAUUUGCAUAAGUAAUUGAAGUAUUCAAAACUAUUAUAUUACCCAAUAAUUUGUCGUAUCCAUCACAAAGAAAUAUAUCUUAAUUGAGCUGUUUCAGUAUUUCUUACUUUCAAUUUAUUUGUUCAUAGAAAAACCAUCAAAUGAAUUUUCCGAAUUUCUCAGUAACUUUUCUUUACCCCUGUUAAAAUUGACUGAAAUUCUUAGAUUAAUUUGUGCGAUGGUUCUCCCAUUAAAAAAUUAAAUGCUCAUAGACAUACCAGCAUAGCGCAGAAAAGAUACAUACCUCUGUGGGAGAAAUGACAAAUUAUGAAUUCAAAAUAUUUUUACCUCUAUGUUGCUUAAAUUUUUGUGUGUAUUAUUGAGCACUAGUUCUUAGCUGAAGAAACUAAACACUUCUAUCGCUAAUAUAGUCCUUAUCCUGUGGUUUGAAGCCGAACAAAAAUCUGUCCUAAAUUUAAAUGACUGUUUCGCAUUCACUCUUUUUCUUUUUAAAAUCAGCUGAAGUUUAUAUUUUUGGUAAUUUUUGUGCCCAUUGUUGCCAACAUGCAUUCUCUAUCAGAUCAGGUUAAUGUAAAACACAAUUUAUACUUCAUCUAUCCAUGGAAGGAUCAUACUUUCUGUGUUGAUUGUAUGAUACACUAUUUUCAAUAAAUUGAUUUUUACAGAA